UUUUUAAAUAAAAAUACAACAAUAUUACCAAAUUUUUCAUAAUUACUUAAAAUGCUUAAAAUACUUCAGAAAGUACACAGCCCAUCAAUUAAGAAUGGAAUCAAUUUUUUCCAUUCUUCUCAAAUUCAAUUCAUUGAUCAGGCAUGGAGAAAGAAGAUGCGAUUACCGGUCAAUCCAAAUACAGAAUCACCUUUAACUUACCUUCCUGAUUUUAGUUAUAUGGAUGGAAGACCAACACCACUUGGAAGAAAUCAAAAGAAGCGCAUUGAAUACCAACGAGAAUUAACAACAAAAAUUGUACAAGGAGUUCAAGAAAUAAAUUUUGCUGCUGAUCGUUACGAUAAAAUGAAAAAUGGAAUGGAACAAGCAAGAGAAAAAAUUAUUAAAAAUAAACUCAAGCCAAAAGGUUUUAGACUCUUAGAGAAAAAAAAGUGAAAAAUAAUCAAACAUUUUAUUGAUUAUUAAAAAAAAUAUAUAUAAAAUGUAAUAAGACAUAAAUAA